CAUGUAAACAACAGCAGCAGCAGCAGCAGCAGUAGACUGGUAGAGAAGAAGUGGGCGGAUUAGACAGGAAGACAGGAAGAUGUAAUCAGGUGAGGAAACAGUGACACAGAGGAUGGGUAGAGUGAGUGAGAAGACAAAGAGAAGGAAGAAAUAGACACACCUUGAGGAAAUUAACGAAACAACAGAGAACAAAAGGAUCAUCACACCUGAAGGAUGAGGCUAGUGCAAUGCUUUUUGACUGUCCUGAUGUUACCUGCACAGCUGGUGCUAUCUUCUCCAGUGCAGACAGACACGUACUCUUGGUAUGGCAGUGAGUGUAAAUUCUGUCCUGCAGGUGAGUAUCAGAAGUCUUGUACAGUGUGUGAGCCCUGUCCUCCUGGAAAAUACACAACUGGCUUGAACCGAGAAGAGAGCUGCCAUCGCUGCUUCAGCGACUGCAGACCAGACUUUAAUUUGAAGGUUGUUCAAAACUGCACCAGAACCUCCAAUCUCAAGUGCAUCUGUGAUGAAGGUUUCAUCUGCACUGAGAAAGUACAUGGUUCAGACAACUGCAGAUCCUGUAAGAAGAUCCAGCACGUAACAGCCACAGCUGUGCCACCCAGAGUCAAACAGACUCCUUCAUCAGAACAGGGCAGCACUUCGACCCAGCCCUGCCGCUUUCCCAAGUGUGUCUCUAAGGCAGUCUCACCGCCAGAAAAUGGCACGCAUCCCAAAACAGGCACAGUUAACAGUCAGCUGGCGGCCAUCUUGUGUCCGAUGGUUGCCAUUGGAUGUGUAAUAGGCCUUGUAAUCUUGUUCUGCAUUCGUCGCCCAGGAGAUGAAACAUGUUUCAAACAAACUAUUGAGAAGCUAUGGAACGAGGAGGGUAGAGAUGCUGCUCAUAAACAGAAGGAGUCAUCUCAUCAGUUCCCCAGAGACUCAUUCAGUGCAAAGCAGCAGCCGUCAUCCAUGUCAACAGCCAGUCUGGGUUCAGUCCAUGUCUACAAUCCAGGGACAGUCAUCUUCAGCUUGCUCAGUCACUUUACAAACCAAGUCAGUCCGACAGUUGAAACGGGGAAGGCAGCUGAGAGAGCAGAGAGCAGUGAAGAGGAGGAUGAACGAGACUGUCCUGUGUUCCACCCCACAUCCUCUCCCAGCAUUCACCUCUCUGAGGAGGAGAGGAGGGGAGAGACCGACAGCAUCUUCUUUCCCUCACAGGAGCAGGGGAAGGACUGCCAUGUGUCUAAAGAGGAGGGAUUAUGACACGCCAGUGAAAAACCCAAAGGCUUGAUAUGUGAUUAUGACCACGAGAGUCCAGACUGAAAAACACAAACUCUCUAAAAAGAAGAGCGUCAAACUAUGGAAUGGAGCAGAUUUAUCUUCCUCUGUCAAACUGUGAAGGUUUUACAGCCGUGGUAUCUUUUCUAAAUGUUCUUGGAAAACUUGUGAUCAGUGCGCUGGGAUGCAAUCUCCUUUGUAAGGUAUUUAUUGUCAUUAGAUCC